GAAGAUCGUGUCGGUGCUUCGGUUGCAGCGGCUUAGACUAGGCACUCUGACGCGGCCCGGUCAGUUCAUUUAUGUUUUGGACAUCGUUUUUUUAAAAUCAACCAACCCGUUUCUCACGUAAACCGAAUUAAAAAACCCACAAACGGAGAUGUCUAAACCACUGACAGACCAGGAAAAGAGGAAGCAGAUCUCCGUGCGGGGGCUGGCCGGUGUGGAAAAUGUGGCGGAUCUCAAAACCAAUUUCAAUCGCCACCUCCACUUCACGCUGGUCAAGGACCGAAAUGUGGCGACCAAACGGGAUUACUAUUUCGCUCUCGCCAACACCGUGCGCGAUCACCUCGUGGGUCGGUGGAUCAGGACGCAGCAGCAUUACUACGAGAAAGAUCCCAAACGCGUGUACUACCUGUCUCUGGAGUUCUACAUGGGCCGCACCCUGCAGAACACCAUGGUGAACCUGGGACUGGAGAACGCCUGUGACGAAGCUACCUAUCAGUUGGGGCUGGACAUGGAGGAGCUGCAGGACAUGGAGGAAGAUGCUGGCCUGGGGAACGGGGGUCUGGGACGCCUCGCCGCGUGCUUCCUGGACUCCAUGGCCUCCCUGGGAUUGGCUGCCUAUGGCUACGGAAUCCGUUACGAGUUCGGCAUCUUCAACCAGAGAAUUGUCAACGGCUGGCAGGUGGAGGAGGCUGAUGAUUGGCUGCGCUAUGGCAACCCCUGGGAGAAGGCCCGCCCCGAGUACAUGCGCCCGGUCCACUUCUACGGCCGGGUCGAGCACACUGCUGACGGGGUGAAGUGGGUGGACACGCAGGUUGUCUUGGCGUUGCCAUAUGACACACCUGUCCCUGGAUACAAGAACAAUGUUGUAAACACCAUGAGACUGUGGUCUGCCAAGGCUCCCUGUGAAUUCAACCUGAAAGAUUUCAACGUGGGUGGCUACAUUCAGGCUGUGUUAGACCGGAACCUGGCUGAGAACAUCUCCCGUGUGCUGUACCCCAACGACAACUUUUUCGAAGGGAAAGAGCUCCGUCUGAAGCAGGAGUACUUUGUCGUAGCCGCGACACUCCAGGACAUCAUCCGGCGCUUUAAAUCCUCCAAGUUCGGCUCCACGGAAGUCGUGCGCACAGACUUCACCACCCUGCCUGACAAAGUGGCGAUACAGCUGAACGACACCCACCCCGCCAUGGCCAUUCCUGAGCUGAUGAGGAUCCUCAUAGACGAGGAGAAGCUGAGCUGGGACAAGGCCUGGGACAUCUGUGUGCGCACUUGCGCCUACACCAACCACACCGUUCUCCCCGAAGCCCUGGAGCGCUGGCCCCUCGACCUGUUCCAGAACCUUCUGCCCCGUCACCUGGAGAUCAUCUUCGAAAUCAACCGUCGCCAUCUAGAGCGCAUCGCCGCUCUGUACCCGGACGAUGCGGACCGUCUGCGCCGCAUGUCUCUGAUCGAGGAAGGCGGUCAGAAGAAGAUCAACAUGGCGCAUCUGUGCAUCGUGGGAUCGCACGCCGUGAACGGAGUGGCUCGCAUCCACUCCGACAUCAUCAAGGACACCGUGUUUAAAGACUUUUACGAGGUCGACCCAGACAAGUUCCAGAACAAGACCAACGGGAUCACCCCUCGACGCUGGCUGGUCAUGUGCAACCCGGGACUGGCUGAUGUCAUCGCAGAGAGGAUCGGAGACGACUACAUCCGUGAUUUGGACCAGCUCAAGAAACUCCUGAGGUUCGAGAAUGAUGAUUCUUUAAUCCGAGACAUCGCCAAAAUCAAGCAGGAGAACAAGCUGAAGUUUGCCGUGCACCUGGAGGAGCACUACAAGGUGAAGAUAAACCCAGAGUCCAUGUUUGAUGUGCAAGUGAAGAGAAUCCACGAGUACAAGAGACAACUGCUCAACUGCCUCCACAUCAUCACCCUCUAUAACCGCAUCAAGAAGGAGCCCAAAAAGGCUUGGACCCCAAGGACCAUUAUGAUUGGAGGAAAGGCUGCCCCUGGUUACCACACUGCCAAGAUGAUCAUCAGACUCAUCACUGCCAUCGGAGACAUCGUGAACCACGACCCCAUCGUGGGCGACCGGCUAAAGGUCAUCUUCCUGGAGAACUACAGGGUGACACUGGCUGAGAAGGUGGUCCCGGCAGCGGACCUCUCUGAGCAGAUCUCCACGGCCGGCACGGAGGCCUCGGGCACCGGGAACAUGAAGUUCAUGCUGAACGGGGCCCUCACCAUCGGCACUAUGGACGGGGCCAACGUGGAGAUGGCCGAGGAGGCCGGGGAGGACAACCUCUUCAUCUUCGGCAUGAGGGUGGAGGACGUGGAGGCCCUGGACAAGAAGGGGUAUGACGCCUCUGAGUACUACAACCGUAUCCCUGAGCUGAAGCAGGCCAUCGACCAGAUCUCAGGAGGGUUCUACAGCCCCAAGGAACCAGAACUCUUCAAAGACAUCGUUAACAUGCUGAUGCACCAUGACAGGUUCAAGGUGUUUGCUGAUUAUGAGGACUACAUCAAAUGUCAGGAUAAAGUCAGUGCUCUGUAUAAGAACACAAAGGAGUGGACCAAGAAGGUGAUCCACAACAUUGCCGGGAGUGGGAAAUUCUCCAGCGACCGUACCAUUGCCCAGUACGCACGAGAGAUCUGGGGGAUGGAGCCCAGUCUCGCUAAAAUCGCUGCCCCAGAUGACCCCCGCUAAACGCCCCCCCCCCCCCCCCCCCCCCCACCCCUCUCAAAAUCCCCGGCGCCGUGUGGGAAACUUGAACAGAAAGGCGAAGAAAAACGCAAAUGUGCAAAAAACUGGGCGCCCUUCUGUCUCUCUCUUAGAUUUUGAUUGUGACAAAUGUGAUAGUCUUUCUGUAGCUCCUGAGUUAGAUAUGUGUUCCCUUCCUAGCAGGUCGACAUCCUCAGUAAUAUGGCUACUUUAUUUACAAUCAUGCCCAUAGGCAAACUACUGUAUUUACCAGUAUUCACCCAUGAAUGUCCUGCCAAUGUUAAUUAGGCCUUCCAGUUGUGCAGCAUGGAAUCUUUGUUGUUUCACUGUUAUUUGACCAACAAUACCCACCUUCAUCAGAAGCACCACACGGGUAACACAAAACCCUCUCACAAUGUUGCUGCCGUUAUAACACUGUCCAGUAACAGCCGUUACAGUAACAUUGUGAGAACGUUUUGUGUAAGCUGGGUGCAGAUACUGAUGCAGCUGCAGAAGUUCAGUUCACAUGUCACCUUUAAUACCUGCGCAUCAGGGAGCUGUCCUCUUGGCACUCUGUCUUCCAAAACAGAAGGAUCUGUGAAGCGCCUGCAAGUAUGUGAAAGGCAUUAUUCAAAUAAAAGGUAUUAUUAAUAAUAAUAAUAAUAUCCCUUUAAAAGAACAGGACACAUGGUGGUGUAACACAUUUUAUGAGGUUACACUACAGGCCUGUCUUUUACAAAAAACAUUGUCCACAUUUACAAACAAUGACCGGUUUGAAUGUUGAAUGGUUUCAUUUUUUUGGCAUGGGUAGGAAACAACACUGUCAACAUGGUCUCUGAAUAUUACAGAACCAGGUCAUGUUCAUGUUUGGAAUCUUUUUCCAACUAUUUCUCUCAGUUCACUGUCAAAAACUGUAAUGUCUUGCACUUUAUUAAUAUUAUUGUUUUGGUCUUUAUACCUCUUCACCAAGCUAUAUACCCCCAGCUUAUGUGUGAAAUUAAGCAAGUAUACUUCCAGACCUCAGUCAUAGAAACGGUCCUUAUCACUCGUCUAGAUCUGUUUUCGUGUCGUAAAUCAGGAUGUACUGUACUACUCCAUUCUACCUUCACCUACGUUGCUGAACACCCUUGAACACCAGUGAUAGGAAUUGCCUUAACAGUGUCUAUGUGUGUGAGGAAAAAAAGCGCAUGAGUUCAUGCGUGUUUGUAUCCAUCUCCACUGGGGUCCCGAGUCUGACUGAAAAUGACAGAGGAAGCAACUAGUGUCCAUUUGUUGUCGUACUACACUAAAAGCAUGACUUUUUAGAGUAUCGUUUGACUGUCCUGAAGGCUGUUGGAUUCUUCUUGAUUAAAAACUGCAUGUAAUCUUCAGGAUUCAGGAUGGCACAGGAUUUAGGAUGAUUUUCUUGUACCUGCUUUUGACCCGGGAUGGCAGUAGAAGCUUUAGAGAUAAAUUGCUAUCCCUGCAAGUUUUAAGUGACAGUCCUCAGUGUCUAGGUAAAGAAAGCUAGUGAAAGAACUCUCACCUCCCACACCAGCCCUACUGUCGUGAUGUCCAUGUCAAUAAACGGAAGCCAAUAAACAAAACACAUUCAAAAGCA